AGCACGAGCUCAAGCGGAAGUGGGCUGGCGCGCCGCUGUUACGUAAUGCUGCGGCGGCCAGGCAGUUCCGCUGGCUCCUGUGUACUCUACGGGCUGCUCCAGGUGCCCCUUGGUUGGUUCGUGUAGCUCACUCAAGCCCAGCCCCGACGUCGGCUGCGGCCGGGCCGCCAACUGGACAUGGACACCGCCGGCCAAGAUAUCAACCUGAAUUCUCCUAACAAAGGUCAGCUACCUGACUUCAUGAUUGAUGUCCCUGUUGACCCAGGUGUAGCUGCCCAGUCUCCUGCUGUUGAGGGUCUGACGGAGACAGAAGAGGAGGAGCUCAGGGCCGAGCUUGCCAAGGUAGAAGAAGAAAUCAUCACCCUGCGCCAGGUCCUGGCAGCCAAGGAGAGGCACUGUGGAGAGCUGAAAAGGAGGCUGGGCCUGUCUGCCUUGGGGGAGCUGAAACAGAACCUGUCUAAGAGCUGGCAUGAUGUGCAGGUCUCUAAUGCCUAUGUGAAAACUUCUGAGAAACUUGGAGAGUGGAAUGAGAAAGUGACCCAGUCCGACCUCUACAAGAAGACCCAGGAAACUCUCUCUCAAGCAGGCCAGAAGACAUCUGCGGCCUUGUCUACCAUGGGCUCUGCCAUCAGCAGGAAGCUUGGAGACAUGAGGGCUCAUCCAUUCUCACACUCCUUUAGCAGCUACUCCAUCCGUCACUCGAUAAGUAUGCCAGUCAUGAGGAACUCUGCCACCUUCAAGUCGUUUGAAGAUCGUGUGGGGACCAUAAAGUCUAAGGUUGUGGGUGGCAGAGAGAAUGGCAGUGACAGCCUCCCCUCCCCAGCGGGGAGUGCUGACCAGCCCCUGCCAGGUCAUGCGCCUUUCUAAGCCUGUGAUAGUGUCAUCAAGCCAUGGAACAUGAGCAAGCACACCUUCAUCAUCACAACUGCAACUCUGCGCAAUGGAGCCACCAGCUGGGACGAGUGAACAGUUGGGUUUGGGGACAGUCAUGUCUGUCCACGUGCAGAUGUGACUGCUGCCUUUGCAAGAGUUAGAGAACAAUCCUAUAUGUAAAUGUUUUACACUAAAGUGCAUAGAUGAAGCAGAUCACUGUGCUGUCCUUCCUAAGGCCACAGGAAAUGGACAGGGUGGAGGGUCUGGAGGGGUAACAGGCCAAAGCUCAUACUCCUCUUGGAAAUUUUGAUAGCUUCCCAGAACUUGGAGGGAAGGAGACACAUGAGGAAUAUGAAACAAGCAACAUUUUCUGGCCUCCCCUCCUCUUUCCCGAACUCACAGAUAGCAUGUACUCACCGAGGAUGCCCUGCCAGAUUACAGUUUUUGUCUGGAGAUGCCAAAUGAGAGAACUGUCCAUUUUCUGAGACCUCAGAAAGGAAAUGUUGUCAGCAGCUACCUAAUUGUUAUAAUAAUGACCUAGCUUUGACAAGGAGAUUUACUAUUUUUUAAAUGCAGUGGACUUCUCAAAAAUUAAAAUUUGGCAAAGCAGCUUUAGCCUCAUUAUUAGAGAAUAUUCUUUGAUUCAAGCUGAAAUUCAAGCCUUACAUCGCCUUAUGCUUUGUUUAUAAUCUUUUUAUAUAUAUAAAAAUGAGAGUUCUUUACUAGGUUCUGAGUGUUGUAUAGAGUUUUACGUCUGGCGCAUGUUGCACCCUGCUUGUGCCAAUUAGUGUGUUUAUCUCACUAGCACUUUCCAGUGUGGAAAACUUGAUUCUGGCAAAGACUGGCAGUUCCUCUACUCUAGACCAAGGGACCCUUUGGACUCUGCUUUUAGCACCUUUGAACAAGAUGUGCUUUUGCAUAGCGCUGAUAGGUCUCGGCCUGGCCCAGCCAUCAUGGCCCUGGCCAGUGGCAACAUAGGAUGGAGGAGAAGUGGCACCAGCCUGCAGGUCAUAUUGGGGGGCGGCGGUGUUGGGAUUAGUCAGAACUCUGUUGUCACCUUUUCUCAGGAGCUAUGAAGAUUUCUUUUUCAUUUUUAAGCUGCCACACCCUGGUAGCCACUCAUGCCGGGGCCCUGCAUGUCUGGAGGCGUGAUCUGGAGGAGCAGCUGUGUGCAUGUAUGAGCAUCUCUUAAGCGGAAGGGGCUGCUCAUUGUGCCUGGUAGAAUGUGUCCUCUGAUGACCAAGGGUCCAUGGCCACUUUGGACACCCUUAGGACUGCACACAUGAUGAGGAUGCAAGUUGGAAGUGCGCAGCACUUGGUGCCCUUUUUCUAUGGUUAACUGCCAUUGGGGUGUGAUGAGAAAGCAGGGUGUAGGAAUGGUCAUUGAUGUAUCUUUCUAAAAUGAAUAAAUGGGCAAUUUGUCAAUAAAGCAUUCCUUUGGAGAAAAAUCCA